AUGAGUGGUCCAUCGGAACAGAUGGCCAAAGAAGUAAUGGCAAUGAAUGUGGAGUACUCUUUGGCCCCGUUCUGCAAUUGGUUCCUCCCGUCGUGUCUGGACAUGUGGUCCUCAGGUGAUGGCCAUCGGGUGUUGUGUUCAUACGGCGCCCGGUCUAUGGUUUGUCUGUUCAGUCUCACGGACUCCAAAGCCAUCCGAAGUCACGAUUGUCUCAAUGUCUUCAACACCAAUAAGUCGAUCAUUUCGUGCAAUAAGUUCAACAGAAAUGCGCGAAAGCCUUACCUCUUCAUCGGUUCCAACGAAGGCGAGGCCGCGCUUCUCGACUGCGAUACCAAUGAAUUGAUUUACCCGAAGAUAGAGUUAAAUGAUUUGAAUUUACCGUCGAAGAAGAUACUGUCGGCCGACUGGUCGCAUGUCAACGACAACUCUGUUGUCUAUUAUUGCAUCCAUUCUGUUAUUAUCAGUUGGAAUACCACCACACAGACCACCAGUAGAUUAAUGAUUGGUGACAAUUACCACAACACAAUUGCCAUCUCUUGCAUCGUAUCGACCAGUUGUGGUCAACAGAAGUUAGCCAUCGGAUAUAUGAAUGGAGACAUAAUUAUCGUAUACUUGAAUGGUAUGUCUUCACAGCUCAUAGAGGAGACUCUUAGCGGUCAUAACGAUGACAUCUGUUCCCUAUCGUUCGGGUGGUCUAAAGGCCAAUACGAAGAGGGAAUCUUAGGGUCAAUAUCUCGCGAUGGGUUCGUCAAAGUGUGGGAUGUGUUCAACAAGAAUAACAUCGCAGACAUUAAAUUGGAUGCAAACAAAGCUAAGAAUAAGAACUGGUUCUCACUGGCGGUCAUCCCUAACAGCGGUUCCAAUAAGUUUGAAAUACUGAUCGGUUCCGGAGGGGGAGAUUUGCUUUGCAUUGAAAUCCCAAACAAACCCCCGGACAGCAAAAUACGUGUCCAUAAACCCAUGAGUUUCUAUAAAAACAAAUCUUCGUCUCAUUCUUCAGUAGUGUUUAGCAUCGCUGUUGACAUGAAGACAAUGCUGGCGCUCACCUCUUCUCUUGACCACCAAAUACUUGUAUGGGAUCUGAAAGAGCGGCGAACUGUUUCGUGUUUGAAUACAUUUAGUUAUGGAGUGCACGACAUCUCGGUGUCACCCAUUGAUCCCAUGCGAGUGGCCAUUGGUAUUGGCGAAGGCUUUCAUGUCAUCAAAUUUGAUGACCAAUUGAAUGCUGGAAACCAACGGAGAUUUUCGCCACCAUUUAAGUCGAAAGAUACGAAGACUUUAGCCAUUGUAUGGCACCCGGAAUAUGAGAAUCGUUUGGCAUACGGCACGUCCAAUGGAGAUAUCAUGGUUCUGGACGUGAAUUCAAAUCAGAAAAGUCCGCGAUAUGUCACUAAAAAGCCACUCAAAGACAGCACUAAAAUCUAUUGUCUUGUUUGGGGGCCAUCUCUGGAAGGAAGCGAUGAAUCGACGCUCUAUUGUGUCCAUCAAAGCGGGAAAAUGUAUUUGCAUUACAUCUCCAGUAAUAGGAUAAUUGAAUUCACGGAUUACGUGAAUGAAGAGAUUAAACGAACGGAACUGAUGUGGAAAACAAAUUAUAAACACUUAAGUAUUGGUAACGAUAACGGAUCCGUUGAUGUAUUUGAAUUAGAAAAUAACAAAUUAGAGUUAAAACUGAGGAUAUAUUCAUUCAAGAGAGCGAUUCUCUGUAUUAAAUGGAAUUCAAACAAAGACGAAGAGACGUCCAACUGGUUGGCCAUCAGUUCAUACGAUAAUAACAUACAUUGCUAUUCACUGCAUAACUAUUUAAAUUGUGUAGACAUUGAAACCGACAAGACUUCUGUUCCCAAUGUCUCAAAACCCAAUUAUCUAUUGAAAGGACAUUCCGAUAGGAUUUCAUCGAUGAGUUGGUGUCCAUUCGAUGCAAACAAAUUGGUUUCCGUGUCCUAUGAUAAGAGUGCCCUCAUAUGGGAUGUGUUGAGAGAGACGCCAUUAAUGAGAUUCAAUGGUCACCGAGGAAUACUCUAUUCAGUGGUUUGGAGUGCUUUCGAUGAGGACCUCAUUUACAGUGGCGGCGAAGAUAAUUAUUUCCACGCGUGGCGUCCCUCUAAACAAGUGACUGCUUUUAACCAAAGAUUGUCUCCCAAAGGAGACAAUGAAUGGCCGCAUCUUGAAGUACGCGAAGCUGUUAAAGAAAGCAACGGAAGUAAUGAGAAGUGUGUGGAGACUGUGUUGAAAGAGUGUGUAAAUCGAGUGGUUUAUGAAGCGAAUGGAGUGAAUGGCGGCAAAGGAGGACACAAACCAAAGAAGAAGAAAGUGAAUAAAGAACUGAAGAAAUGUUCGAUAUUUCCAUUGAGUAAUUGUAUUGAAAACAGUUCCACUAAAUUCCAGAAACUAGAGGACAUCGAAGCCCUGUUCAACAAAACUCAAGGAAAUGACAUAUCAGAUGAAAAUGGAGAGAGGAUUCUGUUGUACGGCAGUUGCGAUGAUAUUAAAGAGUUUGUCAGAAGUGAGGCCUCGAAUCAUGUAAAUCAUGGAAACGAUGAACAGAGAGAUAUUGUAAACCUGUUCUUCGAUAUUAAGUCUGCAAUUGAAGAGUCGAUCGAAAGAAAGGAAACGAACCCUUAUUUGGUAUCGCUUUCGAUAUACUCCUCAAGAAAUCACUGGAAAGAGUCGUGUGAACUAAUGGCAAAGCAUUUACUCGAUUCAGAGUUUGAGAUGCAAUCGUAUAAAAUGUAUAGCAUUGAGAUGUCGGCCAUUCUCCUGGUUUCCCAAAACCAUGUGAGAGAAGCCAUUGAUUUGUUGUUAUCCAACCAUUUAUUCCGCGAGGCAUUGAUUGUCACGAAAACCAGGUAUGAGAGCGAAGAAGUGGUUCGACAUGUUAUGACUCAAUGGGCGACAUAUCGUAAGAAUAGCGGCGACUUUGAAGGGGCGGCCAAAUGCCUGACAGCUGUCGGUAUGUUUUCAGAGGCCGCAGAUCUGCUCGAGACUAGGAAUGACCAGCAGUUCAAUCACACCAUUUGCUUGUUAAAGUCUGUCAACAAGUAA